AUGCAGAAAAGACUGCAUUUUCAGUCUCAAUAUGGUCUCGAGAUCAAAUCUAAAGUUAUUCGAACAGUAUUUGUGCGGGAAGAGGUGAACAGUUUUCCCCUCAGUUACAAAAUCCUAGCCCUAUCGAGCACACCGCAAACAGCUGUGGAUGGUACCGAGAACUGGGUGAGGUCGAUGCCACACUUCGUCUUGGAUGCGGUACUCUUUUGCCUCUUUGCCGACGGUACAGAAACUGAACGACUUGACUGUUGCAUUGACGGUUCAUUUCGUAAUGUAGCCCAAACGACUGUUGUCCUCUUCAUUUUGGGUGGUAGUUUUGGCCCACACCUGAUCCGCUCAUCACCACUAUCAGCCCAGGAAGAAGAGGCUCAAAGACGAAGUCGCCAGGACACAACCAAAUAUUGA